AUGCAAGCUGCGGCUGUAUUGGCUGCGAUGGCUGUUAACACGCUACUCUCCACUGCUCCAUCUCGUGUCUUUCUCUCUUUCCCUAACCCUAGCCCCAACCCUAGUCCUCAGCUCCAUUCACAAUUCCAUGGCCUCUCCCUCAAACUCACUCGCCAAUCCAUACCCCUCGCCACCGCUCCCAAGCCCCUCUCCGUGGUCGCCGUCACCAAGAAAGCCGUCGCUGUCCUCAAGGGAACCUCCUCCGUUGAAGGCGUCGUCACCUUGAGUCAAGAGGACGAUGGCCCAACGACUGUCUCUGUUCGGAUUACCGGGCUUACUCCAGGGAAUCAUGGGUUCCAUCUACAUGAGUUUGGUGACACGACAAAUGGGUGCAUGUCAACAGGAGCACAUUUCAAUCCAAAUGGGAUGACACAUGGUGCUCCUGAAGAUGAUGUCCGUCAUGCGGGUGACCUGGGAAACAUAGUUGCCAAUGCUGAAGGGGUGGCUGAAGCAACAAUUGUGGAUACCCAGAUACCAUUAAGUGGACCUAAUGCAGUGAUUGGAAGAGCCUUGGUGGUUCAUGAACUUGAGGAUGACCUUGGGAAGGGUGGGCAUGAACUUAGCCUUACCACUGGCAAUGCAGGUGGAAGAUUGGCAUGUGGUGUUGUUGGCCUUACUCCGAUAUGAUUACAGUUCGGGUUUAUUCUAUAGGUUGCUUCUCAUGCCAGUUUUCAUAUAGCUCAAUGUGAUUUUCAUGCUCAGGCCUGAGGAUGCAUCCCAUGUAGUGGCACAACAACUGUUAGAUGUAAUAUUGCAGACAUUCUUAAAUGUUGUUGGGUAAUGUGGGAGUCUACCCUAUAAAGCUUUUUCUGUGGA